GGCUCCAGGCUCCUGGCGAGAUCCCCGAGCCCCGGCGGCUGGUGCUGGGAGCCCGGAGCCCGGGCUGCAGCCGGGAGAGGGGAAUCUCCAGCAGGGCCCUUCCCGCUGCUCCCCAGGAGCCUCUCCCAGGUCCAGGGGGGCCCCGCUCGGAGGGAAGGCUGAGGAAUCACGUCCACGAGUCGCUCCAGUUCAUCCCAUCUUCCAGGGAACAGGGAAGGGAAAUGGCUGUGAUGGAGCCACCUAAGAUGCCGGUGACCUUCGAGGAGGUGGCUGUGUAUUUCACCCAGGAGCAGGGGGCUCUGCUGGACCCUGCUCAGAGAGCCCUCUACAGGGACGUCAUGCAGGAGAACUACGAGAUGGUGACCUCACUGGGAUUCCCCAUUCCCAAACCUGACUUGAUCGCCCAGCUGGAACGAGGGGAAGAGCCGUGGGUCCCGGAUCUCCAGGACUCCAAGGAAAGGGAGAGCCCGAGAGGCACCAGCACAGCAGGUGAUAGGACAGUGAGUGAGAACAAGGAGGAGAAUCAGCAGCAGGAAGUUCCUGGGAAAGCGGAAUUGCAGGAGACAUUUUUGAGAAGAGCUGAAGAGAAUUUUUCCCAGGGCUUGGAACAGGGAAAUGCCUGGGGAGAUCGACACAGAUCAGAGAUGCAGCUGGGAAACUUUCCCGGGAAGAAACUGGAUGAAUCCAUUCAACGUGGUAGAGGAUGCAAGGAUCCCAAGGAAACCACAGUCCAGCAGACAAGUCACAAUGAAGAGAAACCCUACGAAUGCCUUGACUGUGGAAAAAGAUUCCGUUUUAGUGCAAAACUUAGUACACAUCAGAGAACCCACACAGGAGAGAAGCCCUAUAAAUGCUUGGACUGUGGGAAAAGCUUCAGUAAGAAGCCAAGUCUUAUUAUACACCAGAGACCCAAUACAUGCCUUGACUAUGGAAAAAGUUUUAGCAAAAGUUCAUCCCAUAUUAAAAAUGUGAGAAUCCACACAGGAGAAAGACCCUAUAAAUGCCUUGAGUGUGGGAAAAGUUUCCGUUUGAAAUCAACUCUUAAUAUGCAUCAGAAAACCCACACGGGAGAGAAACCCCAUAAAUGCUUGGACUGUGGGAAAGCUUUCAGUCAGAACUCAUACCUUAUUGAACAUAGGAGAAUCCACACAGGAGAGAGACCGUAUAAAUGCCUUGAGUGUGGGAAAAAUUUCAUUUGUCGUUCACACCUUGCUAAACAUAGGAGAAUCCACACGGGUGCCAAACCCUAUAAAUGCCUCGACUGUGGGAAAAGUUUCAUUGACAGUACAAAACUUAUUAGACAUCAGGCAAUCCACACAGGAGCGAGACCCCAUAAAUGCUUGGACUGUGGGAAAAGCUUCAUUCAGAAGAUACACCUUAUUACACACCAGAGACUGCACACAGGGGAGAGACCCUAUACAUGCCUUGAGUGUGGGAAAAGUUUCAAUUUGAAAUCAACCCUUAAUACACAUCAGAAAACCCACACAGGAGAGAAACCCCAUAAAUGCUUGGACUGUGGGAAAACUUUUGGUCAGCGCUCACAGCUUACUAAACAUAGGAGAAUCCACACAGGAGAGAGACCGUACAAAUGCUUUGGGUGUGGGAAAAAUUUCAUUAGCCGCUCACACCUUAUUAAACAUCAGAGAAUCCACACAGGUGCCAAACCCUAUAAAUGCCUCGACUGUGGGAAAAGUUUUGUUGACAGAACAAAACUUACUAGACAUCAGGCAAUCCACACAGGAGAGAGACCUCAUAAAUGCUUGGACUGUGGGAAAAGCUUCAGUAAGAAGUCAAACUUUAUUAGACACCAGAGACUGCACACAGGAGAAAAACCCUAUAAAUGCCUUGAGUGUGGGAAAAGUUUUAGUCAAACUUCAAACCUUAUUUCACAUCAGAGGACCCACACAGGAGAGAGACCCUAUCAAUGCCUUGAGUGUGGGAAAAGUUUCAGUUUGAAAUCAACCCUUAAUACACAUCAGAAAACCCACACAGGAGAGAAAACCCAUAAAUGCCUUGACUGUGGGAAAACUUUCAGUCAGAGCUCACAGCUUACUAAACAUGGGAGAAUCCACACAGGAGAGAGACCAUAUAAAUGCCUUGACUGUGGGAAAGAUUUCAAGGAAAGUUCAUCCCUUACUAAACAUAGGAGAAUCCACACAGGAGAAACACCCUACAAAUGCCCUGAGUGUGGGAAAAGUUUUAGUCAGAGCCCACACCUUAUUGCACAUCAGAGAAUCCACACAGGAUUACGACCCCAUAAAUGCCCUGAGUGUGGGAAAAGUUUCAUUUGCCGUUCAAACCUUAUUAAGCAUCAGAAGAUCCACACUGGUGACAAAUCCUAUAAAUGCCUCGAUUGUGGGAAAAGUUUCCUUGACAGAACAAAACUUAUUACACAUCAGGCAACCCAUACAGGAGAAAGACCCCAUAAAUGCUUGGACUGUGGGAAAAACUUCCUUCAGAAGUCACAACUUAUUAGACACCAGAGAGUGCAUACAGGAGAGAGACCCUUUAAAUGCUUUGACUGUGGGAAAACUUUCAGGCAGCACUCACACCUUAUUACUCAUCAGAGAAUCCACACAGGCGACAAACCCUAUAAAUGCGUUGACUGUGGGAAAAGUUUUGUUUACAGAACAAAACUUACUAAUCAUCAGAAAACCCACACGGGAGAGAAACCCCAUAAAUGCUUGGACUGUGGGAAAACUUUCAGUCAGCGCUCAUACCUUACUCGACAUGGGAGAAUCCACAUGAGGGAGAGACCUUAUAAAUGCCUUGAGUGUGGGAAAAGCUUCAGUAAGAGCUCAGAGCUCACCAAACAUCAGAAAAUCCACAAAGGUGAGAGACCCCAGCAAUAGCCUGACUGCAGAAGAUGAUUCAGCUUGAUUUCACACAUCAGUGAUCCACAAAACAGAGAGACCUUGAAUGUGGGAGAAGCUUCAUUUGGUGCUCCCGGAGUAUCGGGCAUCAGCAAAUCCACACAGGGAAGAAACCUCUGAGAUGUUCUCAGCGUGGAAAAUGCUCCAAGUGGAACUAACACCACAAUGGACAUCAGAGACUCCUCCGCACAGCAGGGAAAUUCUCUCAGGGCCCUGACUAGGGCUGGCCAUGGUGACAAACCCGUUUCCUCGUUCCCACACACAUCGGGGUAUUUGGCUCCCAAGGAUCCAGCUGCCCAUCGCUGGGGUGAGGAGCCAACAACAACCAAGCAUCAGCUGGUCAGUGACCCUCUGGCUCUGCCUGGUCUAAGCAAACCCCAGGCAGAGGAGGAGACGCCCCGAUCAGCCCCUCCUCCCUGCUGCAGCCCUGGCUGCUGAGCUGAUGGGUCACAGGUGGGGGAAGGGAGAGAGAGAAACUCCUCCAGAUGCUCCCUCUGCCAGGCUGAAGUUCCCCCCUCUCCCUUCCCCUCCCAGCCGGGAUCCCCCUGCCAUGGAGAUGAGGAGAAGGACACUUGGGCCAGGCCCCACCUUUACUCUACACACCUGUCCCCAGCCCCUGAGAUGGGCUCCCCCACUUACCUGGAGCUGUUCCCUGCAGGGGGAGUGUCCCUGGGGGCUGGUAACUCCUCCCCUCCCCUCAUCCCCCAGGGCGCUGGGCUCUGGGGGAUCAAAUGUAAAGGCACCAGGGUGAUGGGUUCUUGGGCAGACACUGGGGAUUGAAUGGUUGGGGCUGAUGGAGCUGGGAAGUAGGGGGAGCUGGGUGCUGGAGCUAUCAAGUGUUUGGGGAUUGUGGGAUAAGAGGUGAGGGAGAGCACAGGGGCAGAGAGGUGCUGCCUCUCCUCACUCACCCCCUCGGCCCCUUCUACCUGCCCCCUCUGCAUUCAGACAGUGCCACUGAGAGGGACUGAUUCCCACAGGACCUUUUGUCAGAGGCCUGGAGAUCCCACCUCUGCCUCCGCAGCAUCAGCCUCCGAGCGUCUGUCUACGGUAGGAAUCAUGGUCAGGAUCAGCCAGCACAUCUCUGUGACCCUGCACCAGAUUUCCUAGUGUAAAUUCACCCCGAGCAUCUUAUGUGUAAGGCUAAGAGUUUGUCAUGGAUAUUUUUAGUAAAACUCAUGGACAGAUCACAGGUAAUAAAGAAAAAUUCACAGAAUCCCAUGACCUGUCCAUGAGUUUUAUUAAAAAUAUCCGUGACAAAAUGGGGAGGGAGAAGGCUCCAGCACCCAUUGCUGCUUGGGUCUGGUGUCCCUUGACUGCUUACUAAUGUGUUCUAACUUUCUCCCAUUAGGAGAGUGAUAAUUAGUCCCUGAAUUUCCCCUUUGGGGCCGGAUUGUCUCAUUCCCAGAUAGUCUCACAUUACUCCGGGCCAGGCUGAAAAGCAUUUAGUUUUUGUACAUUUUCUCCCUUAUGGAGCAAAAUUAACUAGAUGCUAAAAGAAUGUGGAGCAGGGAAAGUAAAAUGUGGUGUUUUACCUUCUUUGCUAUUUCAGGGUGAAGGAGUGAGUCUGAGGGUUUUCCUCCUUCCCCCAUCACUGUCACCCUCCACUCUCCACACAGCAGCCUCUGUCUCAGCAAUGCAGAGUUUUAUCAUGACCCAGUUCUACCCCUCUGUGUCCCAAUGUCACUUACCACCAUGUCCCUAGCUCUCCAUGCUUAGGAAUCACAGUUUUGAUGUCUAUGAUCCUAAGUCAGACUCCUGAGGGCUUGGGAAGACAGUGUCCCAGACCUAGGAGUGGGCAGGGAAAUCCCAAUGAACCUCAAAGCACAGUUUGACCUUUCAGAUCUUAUAGCCGUGUUUCCAUCUAUUGGUAAAAUUGCUUCCUGACUUUUUCUAGGCUAGUCCAGAUCAUUUGUAGAUGGGAAGAUUUUUCUUUCUUUCUCUUGCUUUUAUUAUAAUGCUGCAACUAAUACAACCGAAUAAUGAGGCUAGAAGUGAAGCUGGUUUAGCCACUUCAGAAGAAAAUGGGUACGUUUAUUUUCCUGAUUUUGAGUCUUAAAAGAUUCUUUGAGAUUUCACUUUAUGAAUGUGAAAGUGUUUUAUGGCCCACCCUGGACUGUGGGUUUUUCUCUCUUCGUGAAGACCGUGAGGUCACGUACUUUGAUAUUAGUUUAGUUUGACAGGAUGUAGCUCAGGUUUAUUGAGGACGUCAGGAAACAAAUGAUCGUUUGUUCGAAUAGUCCUUUUUUAGAUUUUAAUUUUUAUCUAACGCUUUGUCUUGAGAUAUUUUUGUGUGGUUUGAACAAUGACAGUGAUCAGUAUCUCUCAGCACAAACACGGAUGCUGCGAGCUAGAUUCAGAGUGCAAGAGGCAGAGGCUGAAAUGGAGAAAAAGUUACUGCCUGAUCCCUGCAGUGAUGUGAGAUACUGCUGGGAGGGGAAGAAGGCAGGAACAGCAGAGCUGGGAAACUGCUGGGUUUGAUCCUGAGAGUUAGACGGCUGAGGCUGAGAACUGUGAACUCGCUGCAUCACAGCCACAUAGUGACUACACUUAGCUUGUCAGUUUCAUGUGAAGCUGCCCCUGAAAUCUAAACGACCAUGUAUGACACCCCAAAAAUGAUAGGGGAAGGAGUCAGCAUCUCCCUAUUGCUAGAUGCCGAGGUUGGGCGCAAGCAAGAAGGGAGCCUAGGAUGUCAACAGACCGGGGCAGCCUUGAAGUCAGGCCGACCCCCAUCGAUAAGCCCGGAGUCCGACCAGGUGAUGGAUUCUCUGGUGCCGGCCAACACCCAAAGUACCGCACCGGCCUCUUCAACCUGUCCGGAGGAGCUGAUUGUGGUCCUGCCCCCUUCCGUUCCGCAGGAGGACUACUGGGCCCACCAAGAACUCUUAAAAAGGGUGGCAGCGAGCCUCCACCUCCAGGCAGAGGAGAUGGAGGAGCCCUCAAACUCCUUGUUCAAUGUGCUGUCUCCCUUGGCACUGGGCAGGGUGGCCUUGCCACUCCAAGAAGGGGUGGCACGGAUCUCAAAUGCCCUGUAGCAAACACCAGCCUCGUUGGCUCCCAUCUCAAAGAAGGCGGAGCGCAAGUACUUUGUACCCACUAAGGGGCAUGAGUAUUUGUAUACCCACCUUGUAUAGUCCUUGGUGGUCGAGUUGGUCAACCACAGGGAACAGCAGGAGCAGCCAGCCCUGACCCCUAAGACCAAAGACUCUCGGAGGUUGGAUGCUUUUGGGAGAAAAGUUUAUUAGUCAUCAAGCUUCCAGCUAAGAGUAGCAAACUAUCAGGCACUCCUGGGUUGCUACGAGUUUAAUCUCUGGGGAUCCCUCCCCAAGUUCGAGGACUUCCUCCGGGAACACGAUACAAAAGAGUUUAAGACGCUAGUGGAGGAAGGGGCAGUGGCCGCAAGGGCAUCCAUCCCUGCAGGCUACUUUGGAUGCAGCGGACACGGCCGCACAGUCCAUGGCCUCGGCGGUGUUCAUGAGGCAUCCUAGUUGUCACUGCAGGAUCUCCCUUUCGACGGGAAGGCACUGUUUGCGGAGGAGACAGACACAAGGCUGCACGGCAUGAAAGACUCCCGCACGACCCUCCAGACCUUGGGCCUCUAUGUCCCUACUCUGGCAAAACCCAUGUUCAAGCCACAGCAGGCUCCCACCCAGGCCGCCUUCCCGAAAUACGAGGCCGCCCAGAAGAAGCAGCGGGACUAUAAAAAACGCCUGCAACGGCAGUAUCAGCCUGCCCCCCAGCCUGGGUCCUCUAAGGGCAAGCAGGGGGGGUAAAAGGCAUUUUUGACGAGACGCUCGGGGGCUGGACGACUGGCUGGUCAAGGGCACCUUCCGAUCACAGGUGAGGGAUCAUGUGGCACUCCUCCUGUCCACAUGCACCGCCCUGGGCCUGUUGAUAAACAACACCAAGUCCACGUUAAUCCUGGUCCAACGCAUAGAGUUUAUCAAGGCGCUCCUGGACACAACGUCGGCCAAGGCCUCUCUCCCCCCGGACAGGUUUGAGACCCUGACAGGGUUCAUCGACUUGAUAGCAAGGUUCCCGGUGAUGACAGCCAGGGCUUGCCUGCAGCUGCUAGGUCACAUGUCGGCGUGCACGUAUAUGGUCCGCAACACCAGACUCAGCAUGAGGCCCCUCCAGCUCUGGCUGGCCUCGCAGUUCUCCCAGGCCACGGACAGAAUGGACAAGGUUCUCACCAUGCCGAACUCAGUGAUCACUUCCCUGCGGUGGUGGUUCGCCCCAAGCAACAUGCUCCAAGGGGUCCCAUUCAGGGAAAGGGCCCCGGAGUUGGAGCUGGUGUCCGAUGCAUCGGUCCUGGGCUGGGGGGAAUUUUCAUACCUAAGGCCUGCGGUCUCCGCAAGACCUGACCCUUCACAUAAACGUCAAGGAACUCAGGGCAGUGCAGCUGGCGUGUGUGGCCUGUGCUCACACCUGAAAGGCAAGGUAGUCCGGAUUCUCAUGGACAACAUGGCCUCGAUAUUCUAUAUCAACAGACAAGGCGGGGCCUGAUCCUCUGCCCUCUGCCACAAAGCCCUCAGUCUGUAGAACUUCUGUAUAGCCCACGACAUCCACCUAAAAGCCUUUCACCUGCCGGGCACUCAGAACGUGAGGGCGGAUUGCUUGAGCAGGGACUGCUCCUCUCAGCACGAGUGGUCUCUACACCCGGAAGUGGCCCACCAGCUCUUCUGAAGGUGGAGAAGUCCCCAGGUGGACCUGUUCAUGACCCGGCAGAACUGGCAAUGCCUUGGUUCUGCUUCGGGGGGACCUAGGGAAGGGCGUCACUCCUACAAAGUGGUCUCGGUUUUCUAGGUGGACAACGGACCAAGGUGUGUCCCCAACGGCCGCCCCGAUCCAGCUUAUCCUUGAUUACCUCCUCCGCCUGAGGGCCCAGGGCCUGGCACCCUCGUCAGUCAGGGUGCACCUAUCGGCCUUCCAUCCUCUGUGUGAUGGACACUGUGUUCUCCCAUGGUAUGACUGUCCGGUUUCUUAAGGGUUUGGACUGUCUUUACCCAUAUUCUAAGCCCCUGGUCCCGCAAUGGGACCUGAAUGUGGUGCUGACUCGUCUUACGAAGCCCCUGUUUGAACCGUUAGCCACAUGUUCCUGGUCUCACCUCUCGUGGAAGGUGGCCUUCCUGGUUACUAUCACGUUGGCCAGGUGGGUCUCGGAGCUCAGGGCCCUGACCUCCGAGCCGCCGUAUACGGACAUAAGGACAAGGUCCAGCUCCGCCCACACCGCACGUUCCUCCUGAAGGUGGUUUCCACCUACCACAUUUUUCUACCAGUCCUCUGCCCCAAGCCCACGUGACUAGUGAGGCACGCCAUCGCCACACGCUCGAUGUGAGGCAGGCUCUGGCUUUCUACCUCAAGCGAAUCAAGCUGUUCAGAAAGUCCUCACAACUGUUCGUCACCUCGGCUGAGCAUGCAAGAGGCCAGCCGAUUUCCACUCAGCGGCUUUCCAACUGGAUCACCUCGUGCAUCCUCUCCUGUUACGAGCUGAUGGGUGUCCCCCCGCCGCCCAUUGUGAGGGCACACUCGACGAUGGCACAGGCCUCAUCGGCUGCCUUCAUGGCCCACGUCCCUAUACAGGACAUUUGUAGGGCCGCCACGUGGUCUUCAGUUCACACGUUCACCUCACACUAUGCGAUAGUCUCCCAAACCAGGGAUGAUGCCGGGUU